AUGAUGGUGAAGAUCAACCUCUCCGGCCCUAUUACGUCUGCCGUUCUGGCUGGUCAGCCGGAUAGCGCAUAUCUGAAAGACACCGCCAUUCUCGUUACAGGCGGGGCUCAAGGACUCGGCGCGGAAAUCACGACGCAGUGUGCCGCAGCUGGAGCGUAUGUCACGAUCGCCGACAUCGACGGCACCAGGGGCAGAGUUCUCGCAUCGAGUCUCGGUCGCAAUGUACAGUACAUUCACUGUGACGUGACGAAGUGGUCCGACCAGGUCAGUGCCAUCAAGGCCGCCAUCCGCUUUGCACCAAGCAGUGAGACCCCAGCCAUCACCCUCGACCACCUUGUCAUCAACGCCGGGGUCAUGGACAAGCCCUUCUUCAUCGGCAACGAGACCCGCAUGACAAACCUGGACGAUGACCCGCCAGAGCCAGACCCCACGCCGAUCGAGGUCAACACCAAGGGCGCCAUGUUCAGCCUGAAGCUGGCGCAGCUGUACAUGAGCUCUCCCGGCUCGCCCACCACACACAAGACCUCGCCAGCGAGUGUGGUCUUCGUGCUGAGCCCCGAGUCGUAUGUCACGCUACCCGCAAGCAUCAUCUACGGCGGGGCCAAGUUCGGGGCCCGCGGUCUGUUCUGGUCCUCGCGGGUGCCUUUUGCCAACAAGGGCGUCCGUGUGAACGCCCUUGUGCCGUGGCUGAUGGAGACAGGCAUGAAUGCAGGGGCUGACGGCCUUUCGGAGACGCUCCAGUCUCUCGGUGUGCAUUUUGUAUCGGUCGAGGCGCAUGCGAGGGUGGUGAUGCACUUGCUGUGUGACGAUGGUGUUGCGGGUAGAGCUGUGGCUGUGGGGCAGUCCGAGGGUGGGGUGUUCGUGGACGUCGAGGAUGACGACUCUGGUGGGGACGGCAUCAGGAAGUAUUGGGAGCUGCUUUAUGGAGGUUGGCCUGGAGCGAAGGAGGGGCGUCAGAAGAUGUAUGGACUGAUGGGAUUUCAAGACGAGGAACGUGUAUGGUUCUGA